CGACAGUAGCGACAACCGAGUCAGUCGUCUGCUAUACUUUCGUAAAGUAACGACGGGAGCUCGUUAAUGCCUUUGGCAAGUAACAGUGGUAGUAAAACGUGCCAGGGCGAACCGUAGCGUUUCUUGUGCAAUGGAAAUAAAGCGAUUAAUGACUGGUGCUGAGUUCGCGAUGUAGAAAACUCUUGAGCCUCGCCUAGAAUCGAACCGUUGACUCGAGUCACGUCGACUCUAAUCUCAAGUCACAUUUCCAUAUGACAUUCCCGACUGAAUUCAACGGACUGGUUUGCCACUCAAAGAUUUACUACAGUUUAUAUAGCAGAAAAAGGUACAAGCUUUUCGAUCGUGACGGAUUAUGGAACUGAUAUCGAUACAUCAAUGUAUGUAAAUCGUACGUAACGAGCAUUCAAUGGCGUCACUCUUUAUGGGAGAAAACGUCGAUUCGUAUCCCAAGGUUCUCACAGUUUCUUCGGCAAGUACGGGAAUAUUUUUUCAAGUACUGGACCACAGAAUUUCAUCUACAAGUCACCUUCUUCACUGUUCCCAUCGUCACCACUAAGUUCGUAUCGACACUCGAUAUACAUAGAUCCCUCGAUGGCGGAAACCGUGAUGUGCGGUGACCGUUUCAACAGACAAUGUCAAAAGUCACGAUACAGAACAUUUGACGGAUCCUGUAACAAUCCACGUAAUCCUACAUGGGGAAUGGCUAAUACACGUUACAGCCGUUUGUUACCAGCGAAUUACGCCGACGGAAUCCACGAGCCUACUCAUUCUGUAAGUGGCAGGGAGUUACCCUUAGCGAGAAGGGUCAGCUUUAACCUGUUUCCACGUAUAAACAUUGAGGACAAGCAAUUCACCCUGGCGGCUAUGCAAUUUGGUCAGCUAAUCACACACGAUAUGGCUAUGAUUGAUGGAACUACUCAAUCUAAGAAUCACGCAAGAGAAUGUUGUACCCCUGAUAAUCGCUUGCUGGAGGAAGCCCUCUCGUCACCGUUGUGCUACCCAGUCAUCAUACCACCUGAAGAUCCGGUACUUGCAAGAAAUGGUGCCAACUGCAUGAACUUCGUUCGUAGUAUAACUGACCUCGACCGUGGUUGCUCUUCGCAACACGAGCCUGCAGAACAGCUGACUGUGGUAACACAUUUCUUGGAUAUGUCUAUGAUUUACGGUUCCAAUGAUCAAACAGUUGCCAAUUUGCGUGCUGGUAUCGGAGGGCGAAUGAACGUUGAUAUUCGCAACCAUAGACAAUGGCCACCUGCGAGUAACAAUAAAACUGGAACUUGCGAUAUUCAAAGUGACAAUGAAGUUUGCUAUCAGGCUGGCGAUGCUCGUGCCAAUCAGAAUCCUCAGUUAACCAUUCUUCAGAUUAUGUUAUUGAGGGAGCACAAUCGCGUAGCUGACAUUUUGACUCUUAUCAAUCCACAUUGGAGCGAUGAGACCAUAUUUCAGGAAACGAGAAGAAUCGUUAUUGCUGAAUAUCAACAUAUCAGUUACUACGAAUGGCUACCAUUAUUUUUGGGUUUGGAGAAUGUUUAUCGUCAUAAGAUACUUUAUCAUACCAAGGACUACGUUAAUGAUUAUGAUUCAUCAGUAAAUCCCAGCGUACUCAAUGAACAUUCCAAUGCUGCAUUCCGACAUUUCCACAGUCUUAUCGCUGGUCGUCUCAGCUUGGUCAAUGAAUUGCGUUAUUCACCGAAUGGCAGAGGAUUCAGAUUGAGCGACGUUUUAAAUAAGCCUGGUAUCCUCGAGGAAGCUGAUAACAUGGAUGAUCUUACAAGAGGAAUGGCUUCUCAGCCGCAAGAAGCUAGUGAUGAACACUUUGACAAAGAGAUCACUGAAUUCCUAUUCCGUAGUAAUCAACCUACUGGAACCGAUUUACGUGCUAUCGAUAUACAAAGAAAUCGUGACCAUGGUUUGGCUUCGUAUAACGAUUAUCGUGCGUACUGCGGUUUACCGAAGGCUAAGCAUUUCAAUGACUUCUUGGAUGUUAUUUCAUUUGAGAAUGUUGAGAAACUGGCUGCAGUUUACGACUAUGUUGAUGACGUUGAUUUGACCGUUGGUGGUUCGCUUGAGAAAAUUGUAAAUGGUGCUCUUGUCGGUCCGACGUUUCUUUGUAUUCUUCACGAGCAAUUCUACAGAACCCGAGUAGGCGAUCGUUUUUGGUACGAAAAUGGUGAUUCUGACUUCGCCUUCACUAUUGAACAAUUGAAUGAAAUUCGCAAGGCUAGUGUGUCCAGACUUUUCUGUGACAACGGCAAUCACAUUCAAACGAUGCAACUGAGAGGCUUCGAACUCAUAUCCAAACAUAAUCCGGUCGUCAGAUGUUCGGAUCUCCCAGCAGUGGAUCUUUCCCUCUGGAAGGAUUACGCACCGCAGGCACCCAAGCACUCCAGUUAUAUAUACGAUUAUAAUAAGAAAUAAAAUUGUUUAUCCGAGUAAGAUUGUUUAUUACGUUGUUACUAUACAAUUUAGCUAAUUUGAGUCUUGUUCAUAAUAUUAUUUAUAUGAAUCCCUAUAGGUUCGUAUAUUAACACAGUGGAUAACACGGUUUGUUAGUAAUCCACCGGUGGAUAUACUUACGUUAGCAAAAUAUCAGUGUCAUCAAAUUUUUACGUUACACAAUAAACCAACGUAUUUUUUAU